AUGACGGUCAUGCAGAUUUGUUCCGCGACCGGCUGUGAUGUGAUAGGACUUCAGGAGACCCGACGAGCGGGGCAAGGUUCAAUUGCACACGACGGGUACGUGAUUAUCUUUUGGAGUGGCGCCCGCACUGGCACCAAGGACAAGAGGGCUGUACACGGUGUAUGCAUAGCGAUCAAGGAGGCCAUGUGGGAGAGUUUGGGCGAGGAAGGUAGGACGAUGGAGUGCAUUAGCCCGAGGCUGAUGAAGGUGCGUCUACAAAUUGGCCGCACCUGCGGAGUAACUUUCGUGGUGGGGUACGCCCCCACGGAAACUGUCCGCACCACCGCGGGCGGUGAUGUUAACGCCAAGGACUCCUUCUGGACUGCUCUCGACGCAGCGAUCCGGGAGGUUCACAGCCGUGACCAUCUCGUGGUGCUAAUGGACGCCAACGCACGUACUGGUAGGAGGCGAGACGGGUGCUGCGAUGCCAAGAUUAUGGGCGCGUACGGACGCGACAUUAUGAACAACAACGGGGAACGACUCCUUGGACUGGCNGUCUACAAAUUGGCCGCAUUUGCGGAGUCGUGGUGGGCGAUUCGGGAGGUUCACAGCCGUGAUCAUCUCGUGGUGCUAAUGGACGCCAACGCACGCACUGUUACGAGGCGAGACGGAUGCUGCGAUGCCAAGAUUAUGAGCACGUACAGACGCGACAUUAUGAACAACAACGGGGAACGACUCCUUGGACUGGCAUCAGACAACCAACUCUCCCUGACCAACACCUACUUCCGGACACCGAAAGGUGAAGUGCAGCACACAUUCCAGAGCUCCAACAAGGGGAAGGAGAAGUACCACCUCGACUUCAUCCUCAUGCGCCAGACGGACCGGGUCUUCGUGCGUAAUGUCUCCGUCAAACGUGUCGACUUCAAGGACUCUGACCACAACCUCGUGCUUACGACUGUCCGCCUCCCCCCCCGUGUCGCACCUAAUCGACGAGUGCGGGGGAACAGCGGAAGCAGCCGAAUCCGUGUCGACCUCGAGCGGUUGAGGAAGGACAAACACCUACGGGUCGGCUUCCAAAACAGGGGCUCCAGCCGCCCUCCGUCCACGGCGCUCAGGCGGCCAACGGGAGAGACCGCCGCCGAGCUGACGGCUACGAGAGGCUGGUACACGAGCGAAGCGCACAAAGAGAUCUCCGAAGCGUCGAAGGAGCUUAAGGCGGCCCAGCAGCAACUGCGUGGGGCCUCAAAGAACAGCGCCUUCGAGGCGACCCUGAAGGCGAUGCUCAAGGCGGCGCGGAAGAAGCGCAGCAUCGCGAGGUGGAGAGCACUGGAAACGUUCUUCGAGGGCUUUGUACGGCAACUCGUGAAGAAGAGCCGCGAGGGGGAUUAGGCGGGUUUCUACAAGCACCUG